AAUGUAGAGCCGGACCCCGACAGUCAGUCAGUACGCGUCUUUCCCCGGGGUAACACGUGCCCAAAGGUUAAACCUCUAAGCUCCAGGUUAAUUCAGGUUAACCGAAAAUACGUAUAGUGUAACGAUGAACCAUUUUUGUACAAAGGAAAAUGUGAUUCAGUCUGCAGAGGGUUAACAUUUUUUGGGUUCGUUAUUUGUGUGGACGAAAGUUAAAAAAAAAGGAUUUUUUUUAGUGAUAACAGUGGUCGCAAAAAAGAUGGCGCGCCACACCGUGCUUAGGAUAUUGAGUCUGCUGGUGGCGGUCGCUGCGACGCGCGCCGACAAGGAGCAGACGAGGUGGUCGCGGCAGAUCAGCACGUAUACCGCAGACAUCAGUGACUGGGUGCCGCUGCCCGGCCCUGUAGAGAGAGAAAUCACACAGACAAAGAAGCAACCAGUCGCAGAACCUCGUAUACUCGCAGAACCCUUCCCCUCGUACACAAGGUCAAGCGGAUUCAACCAGGAUGCAUUCCCUUCCAGAAUGUUCCUAAACAGCCCGACCAAUAGACAACUGUAUUUACAGUCCCUACCUGCAGUACCUUCAGCCCCACAGAACUAUUUAACAGACCAAGGAUUUGGACAAAGCAUUCGUUUCGGAUUAUCACAACCAAAUUUCCCGUUGAACCAAGGAUUCGUUUCUCAGCCGCUAACCUUUGAAACCAUUCCCCAGUUGAAUAUGAAGCCACAACAAAUCUCGCAUAACCCACAAAUAAAGUUUGAGACUGCCCCACAAAUAAGCCAACCUAUAAGACCUCAAGUACAACCUUUCAUCACUCAAUCCCCCAUAAAGCCUGAAAUACCCAAAUACUUCGACGGAUACCGUAUACAAAAUGUCAGCAAUGAUUUCAACACGAAGAGACCACAGUCGCUACAAAAAUUGAAAUAUGACGGUGUGAAGACAGAAACUGUUCCACCAAACAAACCUAAAGUCGAGCGAGAGGAAGUUCAGUUGCUCUACGUUCCGCUGGAGUCGCUCAAUUCUGGACAAUUUAACUAUAGAACUCCAAUCGCUACCCCUCAAGUUAUAAACUCUGAUCUGUACAGUCAAAUUCAAAAACAGUUUCCACCAAUUCCUCCGCAAAUACAUAAACAAAUUCCUGUGAAUUCACCUCUUGUCAACAAACCAUCUGCACAUUACCAAAAGCAAAAAAUAAAAAAUGUGGCCAAUUUAAACCCAAGUCAAGAAAUAUUCUCCACUUAUAACGCAAAGACGAAUACUAUUGACCAAACACCUAAGUUUACAACAUUGUCUACGCCGUUCCCCACCUUGCCGUCAUCUACUCCAAAACCAAAAAAACUGAAGCCACACCAACCUCCACUAGCGAUAUUUUUAACACAAGAAGCAAGAAAGGAUCAUCAAGUCAAAGUCGGAGAUGUUUUGUACUCUUUGAAAAACGCAAACACUAUAGCUGUUCUGGACGCUGUUAACCCUCAAACUGCUCCGAAAGUAUUCAUCGGCCCCUCCUCCUUAACACCACCAGAAAACUAUGUAAAAUUCGACUUGCCAUAUUUGUCUAACAUUGAAAACAUUGAAAAGAAACUGCGACAGUUACCUUUCUUCGUAGCGCCACUAAGCUACAAAACGCCCCAAGGAUUUGCGAAAAUUCCUUUCCCUUCACCGCACGUGGGUUCUGUAGUAAUUAAUUCGCAAAUUAACAAAGAGGCGCCGCCUCAAAUUCAUGCUACGACAUUAUCCGAUUCCCCUCCCAGUUUUUACACGUAUAAUCAAUUCCCAACGAAACAAGCACAAAAUAUAGAACCACAGAAAUCUACCAAUUAUUAUACAACUGCACCUCCAAAACCAAAAAUACCUUCGAAUUAUGAACCGAAUUAUUAUUCUUUUGACCACCAAGGAACGAGGAAAGAACCCGAGACUGUAUCGAAAGCCAAUUCUUAUUUCCUAAGCAACAUUGGAAGUCAAUACAAUGCAAAUAAUUACGUCAGUUUCCCAUCAGCACCAAAUCUACAAUCACCAGAGGUAGUUCAAAACUAUCCAACAUAUCAGAGUUCGACACCGCGUACGAUUCCUACACAAAAACCUACAACAACAACGACGUCAACAACAACAACAACAACUACCACCACAACAACUCCAAAGCCUUCAACAUACCCCAGUCAGCUGUUGGAAACCCAUAAUCCUUACUCUAUAAACCACGCGUUCCAUUUCAGUACUCCGAUAGAUUAUCAAAACUUUUUCGACGAAUACAAAGAAAAUUAUGCUACCCCCGGACAAGCUCCCAACUCACAAGCGCAACCUCAAGUAAAUGUAUCCUCACCGAGCCCAAUUACUAAUUCUCAAGAAACAGAAAGAACACAAUCACUAAUACAAGGAUCACCAAAUUACCAACAGGGUUAUACACCAGAAGUACAUUACGAGUCUGAAGUACAAAGUUCAAGAUAUCCCACUCAUGAUACAAACCCCCAAACAAAUAAACAGACUUAUUAUAGUCAAACAAAUAAUCCUGUAAUUCAAGAGGAUAGUUUUAAGCCGAGCAGCGAUCUCACACCGCCUAGGAUCGUCAAUGAACAAACACCAACUGAAUCAGUUUUAAGUCCCGCAAACCCUCCAGCAUACGAUAACCCACCUGAAUCAACUGAGAAUCAUAUUCCCAUAACAAAUGCACCAUUCGACUACAGUAAAUACGACAAUAGUUUCGGUGCAGGUGAAUAUGAACAAUCAACUCAAAGUUCUACUACCACUACCACAACAACAACAACACGAAGACCACCUUUGAGGACCAGAGGCCGUCCGCGGUAUCCUACAACCAAAGCCGAUACCGGAGAGUAUACAACUAAACAAACCAUCACUCGAAGACCGCUCAGAGAGAGAAGGCCUCUGCCGAGCAGGACUAGAUAUGAACCGAACAAGAUAACCACAGAGAAAACCGUCAAGAAACCAACUGAAGCAACUGAAACUACUACAAAAUACACAAGAACAAGGACAAGAGGACGAGUUCAUUAUAGACCAUCUGGUGCUGAUGACAUUCCUGGAAAACGAUCGAAACAAAGCAGCAAAGAAAACGAUCUGGCAUAUCAAAGAGAUGUUUUACAUCAAAACUAUCCUGUAACACUUAUGGAAAGGGCCAGCACAGCUGAUAUUGACGCGAUCACUGAGCCAACAUUCAAGGUUUCUUCCGCGAGCACAAGAUAUUCAGAAGAUACAGAGAACGCAUACAGCAAUGAUAAAGUUACUGUAACCGAACAUUCCUUUAAUACAGAAAAUACAGAAAACUUAAACGAGUACUCCAAAGAUUACUCAGCAGCAAAUGUAUUGUCGAUAAGAAACGAAGAAAAUGUUUAUCAAUCGGGAACUAGUCCUGCACCUGACAAUACUUAUGCUACACAGGAAGAAUCAAAAGACGAUGAUACAUACAGCAAACAAACAACUCCCAUACAACCAACAGCAGUAGAAGAGACAACUGUGCCUGCUGCUACUGAACUAGCGACACAAUUAAAUGAGAAUCAUUAUUCGCCAACUUACAAAUAUGAUUCAAUAAAAGAAGAGGUAGAAGAAACUACAACGCAACAGAAUGUUGAAAACGAUUAUGUUCAAAGUGAAGGUGAAAAUCAACAACAAGAGCAAGAGGAAAACGUUAUUCAAACUACUCCAUCAUAUAAUAGAGUCCGAGUGCGUCCGGGAGUCAUUAGGCAAUACCAUCAAAGUUCCACUGAGUCAUCGAGAGUUAGAGUAGAUAGAAGAAGGCCAGGGCAGGCAAUAACAUACCGACCCACAUUCGAUAAACGCAGAACUACGAUGCGUAUCGACGAAAUAGAAGCUGAUUUAAAAACGAAGCAAGUCCAUUCACGUCCAGAGGUUCAAGACUACAGACAUCCCGUUUAUAAGCCUGAACCUACUACUGAACCGUCUGCCACAACUGCAUUAACACAAGAAACAACUAAAAGAGGUCUAUACCGUCGUAGACGACCAACAUAUACAGUGUCAUCCACUGAGACUUCAACGAGUAAAAAAUCUUAUGAAACUAGAAAUAGAUUCAGGGGAAGACGUCCAACAGAAAAACCGACGGAGAAGCCGGAGGAACAAGCUGAAGUGACAACAACGACCACGCGGGACACACCGGCAGUUAGAUAUAGCGAAAGGCCGCGCUUUUCUGAUAGAUUCAACAGAAACCAUGAGCCCGAGGAACAGGAAGAUCAAGAUCCGAACUAUUCGAUACAAAGACCUAAGUACGCCGUCCCAGAUUCUAAUCGAUGGUCACCAAAAAUUUCUACUAAUUCAUUCAAACCUUAUAAUCCAAACGAUGUAAUAGAUGAAGUAAAAGUACCAGCAGUAGACCAACAGCCGGAAGGUCCUGAGCUCGACAUAAUCACAGCUAAAAAUGAAUAUGACAAUGUUCUCAUCUCUGUAACUCCAGCGACAAACAACAGAGUUAAUAAGAAGAUUCCAGACAUUCCCCCAACUCUAGAAGCACUAGUAGAACAGAGCCGAUUAACAAAAACAGAAGGUACCGAUACAAUGUCAACAUUUGAAAGUAUGCUCGAAGAAGUAAUGAAAAGUUUAGAAGAACAAGACGAGGACGAAUACACAAAGAAUGUGAUGAAGCACAAAGGCGGAGAAAUUGGGGAAAUCCCGCCGGAAAAAAUAAUAUCGCCUACAACGGUAUCGCAAGAUAUCGUCACUUCGACGGCCGGCACUGAAGAAGCUGAACAAAUAACUGAGAAAGAGCAUGAACGGAAAACACGACGCCGUGGAUUUUGGAAAAAGGUGAAAGUACGUCCAGCAACCACCGAGUCAUUCGAAGCGGCUGAAUCUCAAUAUUACUCGAACGCGGUCAACCGACUGGGACAACCUGUGAAAUUAUCAAAAACAGGUCAUGAAAAAUCGGAUAAAAUUGACAAAUCCAAACUCACAGUUACCACAUACAAACCAACCUUUCAAUUCAUCAAAGAACUUUUCGAGACUGACAACGAAGACAUGGAAAUUACUCCAGAUAUAGAAAUACCUAAAAUAACAACAGUUAAAUCAAAUCAACAUAAACAACACAAUGAUCGUCAUAGAACCACAAUCGCGUAUACCACAAAAGAAUCUGAUGACAGUAAUUAUCCCAGUGAAUUAGAUUUGGGCACCGGAUCUCCUGAUUCUACUUUUGGAGCGAGUACAUAUUUCGGUGCCGUCACUGAACCUGUUAUAACUAAAAAAGAUCAUUCUGUUGCCGACAGAUCUGAUGGUUUUAGCUUCAUGGAUUACUUAUUCGGAGUUACUUCACCGAACGAUGACGAUAAAAAACCCAAGAAAGAAAUUCUAAUCGAUGACAAUAUCGCAUUAAAUUUAACGACAAUAGAACAAUCUGAACAGAUUAAAACAAAAACAACUACGGAAACAACAUAUAUACCUGAAGAAUUUACUGCAGUAACAACUAAUGAAGAUGUUGAUAAUAAAUCUAUUGAUAAAAACCAAGAUGUAACCAAUAAAAAUAAUAUUGUACGUGACUCUACGGAGCCUUUGCAAAACCACAUAGAAACAACUACUAUGUCUUCAUUUAUGGAUUCUCUAAAAAUAGUGAGUACAUCAAUGUCAACGGAGAUAUCACAUGAAACAGAAAUUUGUUUCAGAGGAAAAUGUAUUAAAACAAAUAAACCAAUGUUAUAAAGUGAUGACGAAAAUGGUGCUAAGACUGUGUUCAAACUUAUAGUGGAGUAAGUGACGAAACUGCAGCUAUCGUAUUGUAUAUUGUAGUUUUUAACCAUCUCGAAGCUAUUUCAUUUACUUAUACAUUUUAUUCAUAUUUAUUACUACUUGCUUUAGUACGUAUUUUACCAGUAAUUUGGGUGAAAUUUUGUAAAUUGGCUUCAGUAUAACUCUUUACUUAAUUUCACCCUCGGUCUCUAUUCAAUAGGGAACCUAUAAUCUAAUAUUAAAUUUAAGGUUAGUGUCUACUUAAUUAACAUAGGUGCCUAUUUACACAAAAGAAAUUAGAAUUUAAGUUUUCUUAUUAACUUUUGUAAUAUACUGACUGAUAUUUUACCCAUAAAUAUAAAUAUUAUAAAUAGAAAACAACCCAGUUUGUCAAUCUUUUCCACAUUCGUCUUGUAACUAUAUUAUAAGUUUAUUAUUAUUACAAGAUAUUGAAUGUAUAAAUUCUACUGCUACUUUCAGUGGAUUUGUGUAC